UCUGUCGGUUCUACACAACGUCGAGAGACCGACAGAAAGGGAACAUCAAAUCCAGUUUGUGAUGUUUUUGGUCUGAGUUAAACUAAAUAAUGGAUGGAUAUUAUGACGGGAAUGAAUAAGAAGCCGGAUCUUUGAAGAAAGAAGCAUCAAGCGUGUGUUUUCAUGUGCCGUGGACUCUAUAGAGAGCAGUCACAGCCUGUCAUGCAAAUUCAUCAAUUCCCCUUCAUCCCGUUCACACGGGAACCUGCUGUAACCAUGGAGACCGCUGGAGGCUGCUGGCUUUAUGAAGCUUGGCCUGUUUGUAAAGAAACAAAUCAUACAGGAUCAAAACAAAAGUGUUUUUGAUUCAUUCAGUAGGAUGAUUUCAUAAGCUCUAAAGCCAUAAAUAUUAUACAUAGUAAUACACGUAUUUGUACAGUACAUGAGAGAUACCUGUGCACACAGUUAUUUACAUUUGCAUUUACUCAUUUAGCAGACGCUUUUAUCCAAAGCGACUUACAGAUGAGGGAAACAAUGGAAGCAAUUGGAACAACAUAAGGACAACAAAAAGCAUUAGUGCAAUAAAAAACUGGUCUCAUAUAACCUACCACAGUAUACAGAGCUAAGUUUUAUUUUUUUGGAAAGAGUAGAAAGGAGAUAGAAGUCAGAACUGAUCGGUCAGGUGUUGACGGAAGAAAUGUGUUUUCAGACGAUUCUUAAAGAUGGCUACAGAAGAGCCUGGACUAGGACUUGCGUAGCAUGCUCGAAUAGGAAAGGUCUAAUUUUCCUAAUAUUGUAGAGGAUGAAUCUACAGGACCGGGUGGUGCUGGCAACCUGAUCAGUGAAGUUAAGCUGAUCGUUGAUCACCCCUCCCAGGUUUCUGGCCAUUCUGGAAGAUGUGAUGGUUGAUGAGCCCAGUUGAAUGGAGAAGUUGUGAUGAAUCUUUGUGUCGGCCGGGAUUACUACAAGCAGUUCUGUUUUUUCAAGGUUCAGCUGCAGGUGAUGGUCCUUCAUCCAGAGCGAAAUGUCACCUAGGCAUGCUGAAAUGCGUGCAGAAACAGUCGGAUCGUCAGGCUGAAAUGACAGAAAAUAACAACGGACCAAGCACUGAGCCCUGAGGCACCCCUGUGUCGAGAUGUUGGGACUCCGAGACCUCUCCUCUCCAGGAUACUCUAAAUCAACGGUUCUCAAACUGGGGUCCCCGGACCCCCGGGGGUCCGCAAGCCAUAGCUUGGGGGUCCGCGAAAUAAUUUGCAGUAAAUUAUUAAAGUUAUGCCAUAUCAUUAAAAAUAGCGUAAGUACACAUGGGAACCACUGCGCCAAUAAAACAAAAAUACUGAUCCAAUUACUCCCGCUUACGUUAGCUUUGGGCCAAUCAAAACUCAAAUGAUUGUAUCACGUAAAUCUGACACAUCACUCACUCGCAUCACUUUGCUCAGGACGCACUUAGCACAGCUCCUGCUGAUGUUUAGCUAGCUAGUGGUGAUGGAUGCCUAUUUAAGACCUUCCACUUCAUCAAGUGAUGCUAAACCCAAACCAGCUAAACUGAGAAGAUAUGUCGACAAUUAUCUCAAGCUUGGUUUUAUUCAGAGCAGCGACGGAAGACCAAAAUGUGUCGUGUGUCUUCAGGUGCUAGCUAAUGAAGCCAUGAAGCCGGCCAAGCUAAAGCGGCAUCUGAUGACGAAGCACCCGGGGCUUAAGGACAAAACAAUGGAUUUUUUCCGCCGAAAGACUGAGGAAUACAUGCUUCAGAAAACACGACUGGUGAACCUGGCCACAACUUCAGAAAAAGCACAGAGGGCUUCAUAUUUGGUGGCUCAACGGAUCGCAAAAAGUAAGAAGCCGCACUCAAUUGGACAAGAACUUCUUCUUCCAGCGGCAGUUGAAAUGUGUGAAGCUGUGCUUGGGACAGAGGCAGCUAAUAAACUCAAAGCUGUACCGCUUUCAAAUGACACCGUGAGAAGGAGAAUUGAAGAACUAUCGGCUGACAUUCAAUCACAGCUACUGGAUAGACUGCGUUCAUGUGAGCAAUUUUCUAUUCAGCUGGACGAAUCAACAGACAUUUCCAGUGCAGCUCAAUUGAUUGUUUUGGUGCGCUAUCCCUGGGAAGGAGACAUUUUGGAGGACUUUCUGUUCUGCAAGGAGGUGCCAGGCAGGACAACAGGUGAGGAAAUAUUCAGACUGCUGGAUGCUUUCAUGACUGAAGCGAGACUGAGUUGGGAAAAAUGUGUGGCCGUUUGUACGGAUGGCGCAGCGGCGAUGACCGGCCGAAAGAGUGGAGUAACGGCGCGGAUAAAGUCUGUCAAUCCGAGGAUUAUGGCGACUCACUGUAUGCUACACCGGCAAGCACUCGCUUCCAAAGACAUGGAACCAGAUCUUCACUGUGUUUUGAACACAGCUGUGACUGCGGUUAAUUUUGUGAAGUCAAGGGCACUGCAAUCACGUUUGUUUGGACAACUUUGCCGGGAUAUGGAUGCUGGACAUGACGCACUGCUAUAUCACUGUGAGGUGCGAUGGCUUUCUCGUGGUAAAGUUUUGCAGCGGGUGUUUGAGUUACGCAGAGAAAUGGCAGAGUUUAUGACAGAGGAAAAACCCAACAUCGCACAGUUUUUUACAGACCCGGAGAGUAUGGCCAAGUUGGCAUAUCUUGCCGACAUAUUCAACAUACUGAAUAGCCUCAACCUCUCCAUCCAAGGAGGCCACACAUCCAUCCUUGAAGUCAGCAACAAAAUCACUGCCUUCAUGAAGAAAACAGUCCUAUGGAGAAGGAGGAUACAAGACGGGAUAACAGACAUGUUCCCCCAACUGAGUGAGUUUCUCCACACAAACAACUUGUCUGUGGCCACAGUGAGGAAGGUUACGACCUCACACCUCACAUCACUGAGCGAGCACUUCAGCUCAUACUUCUCCGAUGUGAACACUGAUGCCUGGGACUGGGUGCGCGAUCCCUUUGCACCAGCUGCAACAGCAAAUGGCCUGACAGGUAAGGCAGAAGAGCAGCUGUUGGACUUAUCCUGUGAUAGGACAUUGAAGGCCCGAUUCCAGCAGGUUAAUCUGGCAAACUUCUGGCCCUCCCUCUCACACGAGUAUCCCGAACUCACUGCUGAGGCCAUGCAAAUAUUGCUCCCUUUUCCUACAACAUACCUCUGUGAAUCAUCAUUUUCCACUUUGACUGCAAUGAAGAAUAAGUACAGGGCUCGUUUACAAGUGGAGGAUGAUCUUCGAGUCUGUUUGUCAACCAUCACUCCAAGAAUAGGAAAACUAUGUUGUGAGAGACAGGCUCAUCCUUCUCACUAAUUUAGUGAGUUAUUGAUGUGAGUGAUGUGUGAAUUGAUUUGUGUGUUAUAAUACUUUAAUAGAGCUUAAUGCAAAUGUUUGUAAUGUCUAUAUUUAUAAAAAUUUGAAAAUAUGUCAUCCUUAUAAGGCUUGAAUGGCCCUACCAUGUAAAUAUUUAUUCCUUUCCUUGAGAAUGUGUUGAUUUUUCAAUUGUUGGUUUUAUAUAAUUCCUCAAAGCGCUUUAGCCAUGAAACUUGAAAAAUUAACUGUGUUCAUUAGGACUUUGCCGGUCUUGUUACUGUUCAUUUUCUGAAAGCUUUAAGAUCUGUUACUUGAAAAUUAGAAAUGCUGUGAGGUCAAAAUGUAAUCUGAAUAAAAAUGACCCUGUGUUCAAAAGUAUAGAAAUGGUAUUAACAUUUAUUUAUUCAAAUUCAAUUUAAGUUCAUUUCUAUGAAACUCACCUUAUGUAUUUAGGUUGAAAAGUUUAAAAUAUAAAUAAUUCCUACGGCAUCUAGGAGUAUAAAUGUCAGUAAACAUUUGUUUAAUCGGCAUGAGGAUUAUAAGGGGGUCCUUGGAAAAUUUUCUCCCCUGUAAGGGGUCCUUGGCCCCAAAAAGUUUGAGAACCCCUGCUCUAAAUGACCUACCUGUGAGGUAAGACCUGAACCAUUGUAACACCACUCCAGAGACACCCAUACCCUUGAGGGUUGACAGGAGUAUGUGGUGGUUAACGGUGUCAAAGGCGGCAGAUAGAUCCAGUAGGAUGAGAUAGAGGCAGCUCUUGCCAGUCUCAGGGCUUCAAUGACAGAGAGCAGUGCAGUCUCAGUGGAAUGACCGCUCUUGAAACCUGACUGGUUGCUGUCCAGGAGGUUGUUCUGGGUGAGAAAGGAGGAGAGCUGGUUACAUACAACACGUCAAGAGUUUUAGCAAUGAAGGUUGAAGGCAGUCAGGUUGUUGAAGUUGUCAGCCUGUGGUUUUUCAAGGUGGAUGUUGAAGUCUUCAAGUACCACCAGAGGAGUACCAUCCUCGGGGAAGGAUGACAGAAGCGUAUCCAAAAAAAAACAUCCAAUUGAGAGCCUGCAUACAGAAGUCUGUAAAAAUCUCAUGCAGAGAGAAAAAAGGGCAAAUGCUUUGGCAAUACGAAUGUACAUUUUGUCAUGCCAAUAAAGCACCCUUAAAUUGAAAUUGAGAGAGAGAGAGAGAGAGAGAGAGAGAGAGAGAGAGAGAGA